UACACGAAGAUCCAUUUUUUCUUCCCUCUUCGGACGCACACGGUCUGCUCUCCUUCCUCUCUCUCUGCGUGUCAUCUUGGAGAACAUGAAGCUCGUACCGAUCCUGCUGCUCGUCGCAGCGGUCGUCUUCGCCGCCGAGGAGAAGGAGGAGGAACGUCCCAAAACGUUUAGAAGACUCAUCCCUGCUGAUGUACUACGCGAUUUCCCCGGUAUGUGCUUUGCCUCAACAAAAUGCGCCACCUUCGAACCAACGAAAUCCUGGGAUCUGACACCAUUCUGCGGUCGUUCAACUUGCGUGCUGUCUGAUGACAACUCCGGCCGCCUGUUUGAACUUGUCGAGGAUUGUGGACCACUUCCGAAGGCAAACCCGAAAUGCAAGCUCUCAGACAAGACCAACAAGACCGCCUUGUUUCCUGAUUGCUGUCCAAAAUUCGAGUGCGAAGAGGGAGCGAAAUUGGAGUAUCCCGAAAUCUCGACUUUGGCACCACCCGCGGAAAUCGUAGAGCCCAAGAAGACCUCGGAAGUGCCUCCGACGAAAGUUUAAAUUCUCGAAACGCGCAGAUCGUGACCUUUGCAAAUCGAAUUGAACAGUCGAUCGAAUAGAAAUCGAAGAUAUUUUAGCUUUUUUCUUGUAAUCCAUGUACCGUCGUAUCCUGAGACAAUCUUCUGUAAACAUGAAAAAGAAUGAGAGUUUUAUUAAUUUAAACGUAAAAAGCAAAAAAACAAAAUGUAACUGUAGUUGAAGAGAAUUCGUCUAAAACAAUGAUAACGUUUUUAACUUAACAAAGGGAACAUUACCUUUCAACGUCGUGCAUCGAUGCGCGCUGUUUCAUUAUGGAGAUACCAUACUGCAACUUCCUGUUACCCUUCAGCGUAAUUCGACUUCACACGAGACUAAAAUUACACACUGUAUAUAAUUUACGCGUUACAUUUAUUUCUACGACAAUAUAAAAAUUACAAAACGCACACACUACGUACAUAAAUGUAAGUGUAACAACAGUAUUACCGCUAAUACGUUGCAAUAUAAACAGUGAUCAGUGAUCCGACAUUUCGUUUUAAAGCGUUGAGUUUCUUCAGUCUCCUAGUCCCGGAAACGAGACUUAGAUGCUCCUACCCAUUUUGUAAUUCCAUUUCAACAAUAAUCACCUCGUAGAGAACUCUAAUUCUGUAUUUU